AUGCUCAAUUAAAAGUCUCUUAAUGACCUCAAAAUUUCAUAGCAAAAUACUCUUAUACUUGCCUCUAGUCCAGGUCUGUAGCCGAGUGAUUAAAUAAUUUAAAAAUAAAGCAAAUUAGUUGGAAGUUUACUCUCUUCAAAGAGCAAGGACCAGCUUUACAAUUUAUCAACAAUCUCUAAAUCUAAUAACACUGCUUUUAAUAGUUAAACCAUUUAAUACAAUCAAAACUCUAGCAUUCGAAAGAUUUUACCUUCUGCUCCCCCUUAUUCAGUGGGACAACCUCAGCAAAUGCUAUAACCAUUAAGAAUCCAAAAUAAUGAUAUAAGGGUUGAGACUCCCAAAGAGGGGGAUAAUUUAGUAAACCUCAAAGAACUUAGAUUUAAGCAGUCUCUUUCAGCAGCAAAUUAAUUACAUCAAAAUAGUGGAUAAAUACAAAGUCCUGUUCUACAAACAUUCGCCUAGCCUUAAAAUCAUAGACUCAGACCUGCUACUAAUGUUAAUUAAAAUAAUAAUUAAAGCGAUCUCAAGCAAGUUAAUUUGGCAUAGAUUAAUCAAGCUCCUAGAAGUUAUAGCAGAUCUAGACCAGAUGAAGAUAAGGAACUGAUGAGUGGAUAAAAGCUAAAAUAAAAUCCACAGUCUCUAGACAGAAAAUCAUAGUAAAAUUAGGGGUAUAGUUAUUCCAGUAGGAUUGACAUGAAAUUAAAUGAAUCAGACUUUACAAAAUUCAAGGACAAUUUUAAUAUUCAAAAAGUACUUUCUCCUUAUCAAGGGCUCAGAAUGCCUUAAUAGUAGUAGUUGAUAGAAGAUAAGAGUGAUGAGAUAAAUAGUUUGAAGCAUAAAAGAAAACAUUCAAAGUCAGAUGUUUAGCUGCAAUAAGAUAGUAUGGGCACUGCAUCUUCAGAAGUAACUGACAAAUUCAAGAACAUCAAAAACCUUUAGAAAAAUUCAUCUUCUUCAAGAUUGUAUUUGCCUCCAGCAAAAGACUCCAAGAUGUUUUUUAGUAAUAUGGGCAACAGCAAUCAGAUUCAAAACGAGACAACUUUCCAAAGAAAAUUAAAUAAUUUAUCUAGAGGCAGUGCAGACAACGAAAGUCAACAGAUUAUUUCAAAUAAUCUUAGUCAAAAUUUAUCCAAGUCUUAAUCAGCUCAAAGUUUGUUAUUGAAGAAUAAAAGGAAUGAACUGUAGCUUUAUUAAUGCACUAAUUUAAACAUUGUAAACGAAGAAAAUGAAAACCAACUCCUGAGUGAUAGUUACUAAAAAGCAGACUCAAAAUGCAAAGAAAGCACCCCUGAUGAUUAAAAGUUGAAAUUCUAGCCAUUAGCAUCAGCAACUGCUACAAAAUUCUUUGAUAAAAGAUUUAUUGAUAGAGUUCAGGGUGUAAAUCAAGAGUAAAAAUCAAUUGAUAUAGAGAAUAAAUCAUCUGUAAGAUUAGAAAAUGUAAACAACUCAAUUAUGAGCUCCUACUACACUCGUCCUAAAUAGGAAAAAUCUUUAUAAUUCCUUAAGUACAGUGCAAUAUCCAAAGCAGGACGAAACGCUAGACUUCAAACUAAGACUAAUCAAGAUUCAUAUGCGGUGAUCAAAGGAUUUUGUGGUUCUUAGACUAAUUGGUAUUUUGGAGUAUUUGACGGACAUGGAACAUAUGGGCACCUAGCAUCAGAAUAUGCAUCGAAGGCUCUCUCGUCCAGAAUGUCUACACUAGUUUAUAAUCAAUAGCAUUCAUACUAAGGAAAUGGUAAUCAAAAGUUUGAUGUAAAUAGGGUGAAAGAUUUAACAGAUGUUAGCUCGCUAGAUGAGCAAAACCUAAGAGGCAUCAUAACUAAUGCCUAUGAAUGGACUAACGAGUAGAUGGGUCUUUAAGGCUUUGAUGUAUCUUACAGCGGCUCUACAUCAGUAACACUUGUUGUAGUUAAAGAUAGCUUCAUUGUGGCAAAUGCGGGAGACUCAAGAUGUAUAGUAUUUAGAAAGAGCUCUCCAGGAGAGUAGCAGGAGGCUGAAUGCUUAAGUCGUGAUCACAAGCCAAAUCUUGCUGGUGAAUCGGAGAGAAUCAUCUCUAGAAAUGGAAGAAUUGAUUCAUUUAAAGACUUUAAUGGUAAUAAUAUCGGCCCAAUGAGAGUCUGGAUGAAAAAUGAAGACAUCCCAGGACUGGCAAUGAGUAGAUCCUUAGGGGAUGCAGUGGCUGAAUCACUAGGAGUCAUUCCUACUCCAGAUAUCAAGUUUUAUUAGAGGCAGCCAGAUAAAGAUAGAGCUAUCGUAGUUUGCAGUGAUGGGGUUUCAGAGUUUCUUGAGAACGAGUAAAUUGGGCAAAUAAUAGAACCUUACUAUAAGAAUAAUGAUACUGAGGGAGCUUGUAGAAAACUUGUAGAAGAAGCAACUAAUUAAUGGUUGAAAGAAGAAUCAGUUAUCGAUGAUAUAACUGCAAUAGUAAUAUUUUUCCAUUGA